UAUUUACACAUUCUUCAAGUGCGCCCAGAAUACCACCGAGCUUCACGAGAAAAAUUCAGAGAUAUCUUCGGAUCCUUGAAUCCUGCCUUUCGAUUCUCCACGUAACAAAGGCGAAUCGGAUCUAUCGAUGAUUCCGACAAGGAGAUUUUUUCUAUCUCCAUUUGUCGGAAUAACAGUGCUCGUCGUUCUCCUCGCUCUCUACUUCAGAUCUUCCUUCAGGUCUCCAUCCAACGAGAGGUUGUUCACCGCUGAAGAACUGGCAUUGUACAAUGGCACUGAUGAGAAGUUACCUAUUUGUUUAGGGAUUCUUGGAUCUGUGUUUGAUGUGACGAAAGGAAAGUCGCAUUAUGGCAGUGGAGGGGGUUACAACCAUUUUGCUGGAAGAGAUGCUUCCCGUGCGUUUGUGUCUGGGAAUUUCACAGGAGACGGACUCACAGAUUCAUUGCGUGGUUUAUCAAGCAGUGAGGUGAAGAGCGUUGUCGACUGGCGAGAUUUCUACAUCAGGACCUACACAUAUGUCGGAAAGCUUGUUGGCCGUUAUUACGAUAGCCAAGGAAAUCCCACUAAACAUCUGAAAGGAGUUGAAGCAAAAGCCUCGAGAGGGGCACAGCUCUUGGAGAAACAGAAGAUCGAAGAGGCUAAGCAACCUAACUGCAAUUCACAGUGGAGUCAAGAUGAAGGCGGGGAGGUCUGGUGUGAUGUUGGGGUGCCGAGGUUGGUGCAAAGACCUCUAGAAAUAGCGUUGACGGGUCAAAUGAGCAAACGCUGCGCUUGCUUUAAGGAAGACCAGCUCGAUCAGGCCGGUUUGGAAAUAUACAAAGGAUGUGACCCUCUUGCCAAGACAUGCAGGGUGUGACUGAAGGCUUUAAGAGAUGACAGAAGGAUGUCAUGCCAAAAACCAAUCUGGUAAUAAGCUAAGUUCCAUCUCUAAGCUUCUUUGAAGCCUUGUUACUACUGCAAAGAGCUAAUCGCAUGACCAGAAAAAGGAUAUAUACAUAUAUGUAUGUGUAUAUAUAUGUCUUUCUUGUUCAUUCUUGCAUUCUGCCAUAAUCAAUCACAGACUCCUCCUUCUACUUGUGGUAACUAAACUAACUAGCUAGCUAGUGUUAAGGUCUUGUCUUAAAUGGGAGUUGAUUCUUGUGGUUAGUUGGAGAGAGUAAAUGUCAAACAGCUAAAAAUGCAAAGCGAGUGAUUAUCCAAACA